UUGAGUACUCAAGUUGAUUGCACCGAACCCUUUGAACUUGUGCCCCCACAAACAGCAUUUUUAGAAAUCAACUUUACAUGGAUCUUAUUUGAACCUUAGUAACACAAUGACUGAACUGAACAACACAAAAAAAGGGAAAAGGUGACUUCAUAAUUACCCUAGUCUUGAAAGACGUGGCAAAUCAAUACUUCAAUCUUGUUUGAAUUUUGUCUGUCAGUGAAUAGCCAAUUCUUUGUAUGGCUGAGACUUCGAGGCUCGGUGACAGGCGUUAGGUUUCAUGCGUAUGAGUAGUGACUUGCCCCACCCUGGGCUAGCAGGGAAAGCUCAUCCGUUACGUGUGGUGUGUAAAGCGUGCUGUCAGACAAGGUGCUGGUUUUCCACCCCCUGGAUAUGUGAGAAUCAGCCCUGCGUAUAUUUAACAGAAACCACGAUGACCGCCACCCAUGGAGCUGUCUGGGGAUGCCACGAUGACUGGAUCUGGAAGCAAGAAGUUGUGGAGAAAUGAUCACAAGUGUUGUCAUGUACAAACGAAAAUAGACAUUGGCUGCGUCGGAACGUCUGUAGAUAAACCAUGGAUGCUUAACGUGAAUAUUGACACGUCUUUACUCGCCAUCCCUUUGUAGCAAAGCUUCAUAGAGGCUCCAUGGACAAGAUGAGUGCCGCCAUUUUGAUGACUGACAACUGGCAACCGACCGUUCUGCAGCUGAUGCCCUUUUCCAGCAACAAUGCAUCCCAGUCCGCUACUCUACACGUUGACAGCGCUCGAGUGUAUGGUCAAGCUAGGGGAUUCCCCACCCUGGCCGUCACGAGAACACAUGGCCGGAGGUAUGACGCCAAACCUCGUCGUGUGUCCUCAGAACGAAAGCCUAGAGAACAUCCCUCACCUGCGAUCACUGCUCCUCCCCAGCGCGCACGAUCGGAGUAUAAUUCCCGUGUUAAAGACACGUUAGUAACGACAGAAAGUGUGAAUACCGUGAAUAAUCGAAUUGUGAUUAGAACUCCUGAACCUUCUGAAUCUCCGGGCUCAAGUGAUAGUUUGUCCACCAUAGAUGUUCCGAAGACUGUUAAGGUUCUCCCAAAGCCGUCCCCCUGUAAGGCGCUGGACGGGCGGUACUUCAUGUCCCAGAAUGGUUUCUGGAGAUCGGUUACCUUGACACCAGGGGAGAUGGAGAUUCAGAAACAUAGAGACGGGUUUGGGAAGGACAAUAAGAAAAAUAAGAAAUAUAAGUUAAAUGUGAACCAGCUACCGAGAAGUACAACUCCCAUCAACGACAACGACCCAGAUAAGCUAAACAUUAAACAAGUCAUUCGAUUUCUACAAACAAAAGAGGCAGAACCUCCUGUUCAGAGUCCAAAGAAGAUUGAACGCCGUGUUCAGAGUGGAUAUCCAACCACGUCGCCUUCUAAAAUCGCCCUGAGGGACUCUGGCGAUACGAUGAAGGAUGUAAAUUUUCCUCCUAUGUUACCGUUCAGGAGAGAGGUUACCAGUGUACCUUUCACAUCCAUCAAUCCAACCACUCCAGUGAUAAAGAAACGUGUUCAGAGACCAAAACGAGAUGUAGAUGAUGUAACGAGAUCUUCUGAAAGUGCUAACCGUUCUUCCUUCAAAACCACGCGAGAGUUUCGUCUACAUCGUUUCUUGACGAUGGCACCGAACGCAGACGAGUUUACCCAUGUUACACACAGUAAACAGACUCAUCCCAUCUCGUCCGCUCAUAAACGUUUGCUCAUUACGGGGUGUUCCAGGGAUGAGGAUGAAACGGACUCGAUGAGAAACAGUUGUUCCCCUGCCCCAGCCUACUCACACUCACGGCAAGGGGAACGUUUUGCUAAAUUUCAGUAUCGACUUCCCAACAAACGUGCAGGGUCAACACAGUCAGAACUCAAAACCACUAAAUCCUCAAAAGCCAAAUCCAAAGACGUUGUCAGUGAAGGUGUGAUUAGACUGCCUAGUAUGUCCGACUUCACCAACGAUUCCGAAAACGACGAAAGUAAAGAGGACGACCCGUGGAGGAAGAAUGCUCGGGAUUUUAGGACCGCUUCUUUGUGCGUGGAAGACUCCUCGGUUGAGUUGAACGAGCGAGAGUCAGAUUCACAAUACUCUGUCAGAGACAUUUCAUGGGAUUCCGACACCUCAAGUAAACCAAAUUCAAGGAAAGUGACGGUUAGCCUUCCAAGGGAAUCACCAGCAGACAGUUAUGAGGUCGUGUUGCCGCCCAGACGGUCCCAUGAUCCUGUUCGUCUGUCGUUGAGGCAGGAACAGACUCUGACGCGGGAAAAGACUUACAUGAGUGACAUGGCGAGGAAGGGGGAGUAUGGCGGACGGGGAAUGAUGGACACGAAGCUGCCCUUCGUUGCUGUAAAUGCGAAGGCGGAGGAUGGGUUAAUUUCACGGAAUUCAUGAUUAUACUAUGAUCUUGUACAACGAUUAAUGACCAAUGACGACAGAAGAAGGAUUAAGUGUUUUGGAAUAAUUUUUGUUCGGGUUUUAAGGAAGUAGAGGUAUUAUCCUACUCAACAAUUGAAAGGGAUGUUUAUAUAAUCAUACUAUAAUCAAACUGCAGUACAGCAGCUACUUUUUAAGUCUUUACUUAUGGUUUAACUGGAAGUGAAUCUUACCCGUUCCCUAGCAACAUAUGCAUGUCGUAAGAGGAGACUGAUCAAUGAAUUGGGUGGUCAGGAUCGGUGACUUGAUGCAUGUCAUCGUAUCCCAAAUGCGUGGGUCGAUGUUCCUAAAUCACUGGAUUGUCUGGUCCAGACUCGAUCAUUUACAUACCGCCGUCAUAAAGCUGGAAUAUUGCUGGGGGCAAACAAAACGAAAUUAAGCAGCAAAAGUAAUACCUCAAUUCGUUGGAUCUCUCAAACAAUCAGACACAUUCAGUCCCCAAAUAGACACUAGGAAUAUCCCUAUCAAAUGUUGAGAAGCAUCACAUGACGGUGGUGCAAUGUCACCAACUUCACAUCAAGGUUUCUUGAACCACGUAUAUCAAGAUGAACAAAAGCUGUAAUUGUCUCGUACGUUUCAAAUCCACAUGUUUCAUGACUGGGUGCAAGUCUAUAUCAGGAUCUAAACACAUUAACACUGGAAAAGUUUAAAAAAUUAAAAAUGUCUUAAGACAUUUGAUUCUUUAUUGAGCGUGAAUCAUCAUGCCACUUCCAUUCUAUUCUUGUUUACGUAUUCGCUUAAUGUUAGAAAAUGGAUAUAUAGUAUUAGUUUCACGUUGACACGAAGACGUUUAACAUGGUGCCAUGGCAGUAGCAUAUAACUUCACUGGGCAUUUGUACACGUUGAUGGAUGAGCCAUCUUCUCCUUCUUCCUCAUUACAGGGCGACAUUAGAUGUCGACAAACGGACACGUGGACGUGCGUCCUAUUCACUGCAAGCUGGUUUGCUUCAGUGAAAAUAUCGGAACCCUGUGCCUUUCUCAUAACGGGACCCCUCAUUACCUGGAACUCCUAAACCCGAUAUAUUGUGGGGCGUUGGGGUAACCGAGUGGUUCAAGCGUUUGCUCGUCACGUCCCAACCCCUGUUCGAUUCUCCAGAUGGGUACUCUGUGUGAAAUCCAUUUCGUGAUGUUGCUGGAAUAUUGAUAAAAGCGGCGUAAAACCAUAUUCACGAUAGAUAAUUGAAUUCGAGGAAAUCAUAGCUUCCAAGCAAAAUCUGUAACAGGCAUUAUGUUUUUAAAUCGGAACUGCAAGAUUGCCCUGAACUUGUAAGAAACGAUAUUGUACAAACAUGGUAUGUUAUGGGUUAUUUAAUAAUAUUAAAAUUAGUCAAAUUAAAAGAUAAUAUGAAAAAAACGUAUGAAUUAUACUGAAAUUAGGACACUUGACAUCAUUGUAGAAGCAUUUAUUAUAUAACUCAAUCAUUUGGAACUAAAUGAAUAUUGUAGUGAAAGGAUUUUAUUGUAAGAACUGUGCUAAAGAUGUCAUUGUUUUGAACACGUUCCAUUUCUAGGACCCAAAUACCGAUUGACGAAAACGUAGUGGACCUACAUUUUAACGAUUCCAAGAACACUGUCGUUCAGUUAUGUCAUGCACUUCAGGAUGGUGUUUUAAAAUAAAUAAUCAAAUGUCAACAGAAUCGCGAGUCCAUAGAGGCAUCCGGCAUUUAUUUUCCUAUUUAUUAAUGAGUCACUUAUGUGAUAAAUUGAAUCAGGUUGUGAAUGGUUGUUUACAACUAUGUCCGUCCAUUGUCCUAUAGUGAGCCGGGUUGAUUGUAUGCAUUUGUACAGCUCUUUCACUGGAAGUAUUUGAUACAUACGAAAUAUAUAUAUUUUAGAAAUAAAAUAUAUUCAACUGAUUGUGUCCCCGUUUCCUGGUUCUGUCGUAUAAUUAUGUAUGUUGUUAAUAUGUUGUAUUUUCUACUUGUAGACAGUUUACCACAGGAACACACCAUUGGUGCAUUUACUAACGCAUAUAUUUCAGUGAGUGUUUUUAACACCCCAGUCAGUAAUAUCCGAGCUAUAUGUCGCGGCCUGUAAAUAAUCGAGUCAAACCCAGGCAAGCCGGUGCCCGAAAUCACGAGGAACGAUCCACGCAGUCGGGGUACGAUCACACACAAUCAUCUAAACAAAGCCUGACCACACUGUGCCCAUGCAAGUCGACCCUUCCGCAUGGGGAACCGAGGCUCUCUGUUUACCCGGCAGUGUCUGUGUACCCGGCAGUGUCUGUGUACCCGGCGGUGUCUGUUUACCCGGCAGUGUCUGUUUACCCGGCAGUGUCUGUUUACCCGGCAGUGUCUGUGUACCCGGCAGUGUCUGUUUACCCGGCAGUGUCUGUGUACCCGGCAGUGUCUGUUUGCCCGGCAGUGUCUGUUUGCCCGGCAGUGUCUGUGUACCCGGCAGUGUCUGUUUACCCGGCAGUGUCUGUGUACCCGGCAGUGUCUGUGUACCCGGCAGUGUCUGGAUUCCUGCUAUCUGGUCGUAGGAGGAGACGUACUGGAUCGGGUUUUUAGGCUAGACUUGGUUGACCCCGUGUCGACCCCGACGUCGUUGAUCGUUGCCAAUCACUGGAUUGUCUGGUCCAGACUCGAUUAUUUACAGCUUGAAUAUUUCUGAGUGCGGCGUUAAACAACAAACAAACAGCAUUACUUGAUGUGCUCCCUUUAAACAGCAGACAAACAAAACAGUCGUACCGGGAAUGUCAUCAUGGUGCACAUGUACAGAUGAUUAUGUAUCAUAUUUAUCUUUCGAAAACGGGGACGCCGCUCAGAAGGUGUUCUACGUUGGAUUCGUCCUACAGUGUUUUGUCCCUUAGCCUUGUAAGGAUCCAAGAUUCGUCCCGAUCCUCGUCAUUUGUGUCAGCACUAUACCAGUGCUUGUGGCUUUCAUAUUUAAUAAUAAAGCAUACCGAUGCUUGUGGCUUUCACAGAUACUAUAAACAUACCGAUGUUUGUGUCUUUCACAGAUACUAUAAACAUACCGAUGUUGUGUCUUUCACAGAUACUAUAAACAUACCGAUGUUUGU